UAAGUGAAGGGAACCUGGGGAUGGCGUCUGAUAAUUUAAGGGUGUGUAUGAAUUUAGCUGUUUUUACUUGUUAUCAUUUGUGCUCGGUGUUGAUUGAGUGUUGAUACUGCUGCAGUAUUUACAUAUUAGUCAAAGAUUAUGAUGCAGCUGAUGACAUACAGCACAUGAGGAAUGUUUGCUGUAUUUGGAUCUCCUUGGUGUCCUGUAAAUGACACAUGAAGCCGAGCACGAGCACACUGUGAGUCAGUCCAACACAGAGAUGUAAUAAAGUGCAUCAUGGAGACAGACAGGCAGUCAAAACCCCCUGAAGACAAAGCAGCGUCAGUGAAAGGACUAACACAGAGCUGGCAGAAAUGGUCUGAAGAUCACAAGGAUUAUCAGAAACACAAUCCAUUCACUAGUGAUGAGGUGAUGGCCUUUCGUCCCGAGUGGGGUCAGGAGGACUAUGGUCGACCUCCGGAGGGUUCUCACACUGAGCGCAGAGGGAAGGAAGCUCACUCCCACAUCAGUAGGGAGGUGACUGAGCUGUGCCAGAUUAUCAGAGAACUUGGGCACAGGCGAGAAGAUGGGAGACGGGAAAUUGAGUUUGGCCCACUGUUUGAACAUUAUGUCUCAAUUUCCAACAAGCUGGUGGGAGUGCUGCUCCGGGCACGGAAACAAGGGCUAGUGCAAUUCGAGGGGGAGAUGCUGUGGCAAGGGAAAGAUGAUCGAGUGAUUAUCUCACUGCUUCCAUAAGAAAUUAUUAAAAUCCAAAUGAAUGAUAACUUUACGAUCAUGCUGUUGAGAAAAGCCUUUCUAUUUAUUGCAUGGAGUGCUUUUGGAUAAGGCCAGUAUACUUAGCUUUUCUCUGAGCGAGUUCACAGCAGCAGCAAAGCUUCAAUUCUGCCUUGCUUGAGUGAACUCAGCUCAGAGACACAUGCAUUGAAGGAGCAGUGUGUAAUCUUUAGAGCCCUCUGCUGACUGCUCUGGGAAUUGCAACUGCAAUUCCCGUUCAUCCCAGCUGCCUCUAACCCAUCUACUGAAACUAUUUAUGCCUUGUCGGUUUCUGUUUCGGAUAAUGUGCAUUAGCUGGGUUUGGAGCAUGUUUUCAGGCCAGUUGUAAAGUAUCCAAGGUGUCUUAUGUAAUCUACACAUGAAUAUUUGCAUAGAUUAAAAAUUACAGUAUAUUAA